GCGGGAGGAGGGAGAAGGAGGUGGGGACGGGCGGGAGGCGGUGCCGAGGCGACCGAGUCACUGCUUUAAAUCUUGGACGGGCGAAGCGAGGAAGCUCCCAGCGCUGGAGGCUGCCGGGUCUCUCGCCGUCUCCGCCUCUCUCCCGCGCUCUCGCUUGCCGCCUCCGCCUCGGAGGAGCGCAAGGAAAGGGCGCUUCUGGGGGGCUGCUCCACCCGCCUUGGCGCGCUCGGACGUGAGGCGAGGCGAGGCGAGGCAAGCGGGCAGGGGGCACGACGCGCUCGCCUUCAAGGGAGCCAUUGAGCGAGCGGCGACCCACGCGCUCCCUUGCUCCUUCCUGGAGGGGACGGACUGACUGGCUGACUGGCUGACUGACUGGGCUGCGCUUGGCCGCUGCUGGCGCCGGCCGCCCCUCGCGUCCAAGUUGAAGCGACUUUCUUCCCUUCCCUUCCUUCCUUUCUCUCUCCCUCCGUCCGUCGCCGGGCUGCGCCGAAGCAGCUCGCCGCCCGCCGGCGUGUGAGGAGGGAAGGACUCCGGAGAAGGCUCGCCUCGAAGGCUUCCUCUUCUGCUGCUGCUUGCUGCUGCUGCUCCGGCAGCCCCGACCAGCCGCCGCGCUGGAGGAGAGACGCAAAGGAGACCCCCGGAGGAUGGAGGAUGAGGCGGUCUUGGACAGAGGGGCCUCCUUCCUUAAGCAUGUGUGCGACGACGAGGAGGUGGAAGGUCAUCAUACAGUCUACAUUGGGGUUCACGUGCCUAAGAGUUACCGAAGGAGGCGGCGUCACAGAAGAAAGCCCAAGGAGAAGAAAGAAAAGGAGAAAAUCUCUGAAAACUCGGACAAAUCUGAUGUUGAAAAUGCUGAUGAGACAAGCAGCAGCAUCCUCAAGCCACUCAUCUCCCCCGCCGCCGAACGCAUCCGCUUCAUUUUGGGUGAAGACGAUGACAGCCCCGCACCACCCCAGCUCUUCACGGAACUGGACGAGCUCCUGGCUGUUGAUGGGCAGGAGAUGGAAUGGAAGGAGACGGCAAGGUGGAUAAAGUUUGAGGAGAAAGUGGAGCAGGGUGGAGAGAGGUGGAGCAAACCACAUGUUGCCACGUUGUCCCUACACAGCUUGUUUGAGUUGAGGACGUGUAUAGAGAAAGGGUCGAUCAUGUUGGAUCUGGAGGCCUCGUCGCUCCCUCAGGUAGUAGAAAUGCUUGUUGACAACCAGAUCGAGACAGGCCUGUUGAAGCAAGAAAUGAAGGACAAGGUCACUUACACCCUGCUCAGGAAGCAUCGCCAUCAGACCAAAAAAUCCAACCUGCGCUCCUUGGCCGACAUUGGGAAGACUGUCUCCAGUGCAAGUAGGAUGUUUACCAACCCAGAUAAUGGCAGCCCAGCCAUGACGCACAGAAACCUGACUUCCUCUAGUUUGAACGACAUCUCUGACAAACCUGACAAAGAGCAGCUGAAGAACAAGUUCAUGAAGAAGUUACCUCGAGAUGCCGAGGCCUCCAACGUCCUGGUGGGAGAAGUCGACUUCCUGGAAGCCCCUUUCAUUGCCUUCGUUCGGCUGCAGCAAGCAGUUAUGCUCGGUGCUCUUACAGAAGUCCCCGUACCUACCCGGUUCCUCUUCAUUUUGCUGGGUCCCAAAGGCAAAGCUAAAUCAUACCAUGAGAUUGGCCGAGCCAUCGCUACUUUGAUGUCUGAUGAGGUGUUCCACGACAUUGCCUACAAAGCCAAAGACAGGCAGGACCUGAUCGCUGGGAUUGAUGAGUUCCUGGAUGAAGUCAUUGUGCUCCCCCCUGGGGAGUGGGACCCAGCCAUCAGGAUAGAGCCCCCCAAGUCCCUCCCGUCUUCAGACAAAAGGAAAAACAUGUAUUCAGGUGGUGAGAAUCUGCAGAUGAACGGGGACACUCCACACGACGGGGGAAAUGGAGGCGGGGGUCACGGGGACUGCGAGGAGUUGCAACGAACUGGCAGGUUCUGCGGCGGUUUAAUCAAAGACAUCAAGAGGAAAGCCCCUUUCUUUGCCAGCGACUUCUACGAUGCAUUCAACAUCCAAGCUCUGUCUGCCAUUCUCUUCAUCUAUCUGGCUACUGUAACCAACGCCAUCACUUUUGGGGGGCUGCUGGGAGAUGCUACGGACAACAUGCAGGGCGUGUUGGAAAGCUUUCUGGGCACCGCAGUUACAGGAGCUCUCUUUUGCCUUUUCGCUGGCCAACCACUCACUAUUCUGAGCAGCACUGGGCCCGUCUUGGUCUUUGAAAGGCUUCUGUUUAACUUCAGCAAAGACAAUGACCUGCAUUAUCUGGAGUUCCGCCUCUGGAUUGGUUUGUGGUCAGCCUUCCUGUGUCUUAUCCUGGUUGCCACUGACGCCAGCUUCUUAGUCCAGUAUUUCACCCGUUUCACGGAAGAGGGCUUCUCCUCCCUCAUCAGCUUCAUCUUCAUCUAUGACGCUUUCAAGAAGAUGAUCAAAUUGGCAGACUACUACCCCAUCAACUCCAAAUUCAAAGUGAACCAGAUUACACUUUACUCCUGCACCUGCAUGCCGCCAGAUCCAGUUAAUUCUUCUGCAUUUAACGUGACAAGCACAACCCCAUCUUAUUGGUCUGCAAGUAACUCUACUGAGAUGCCCAAUGGCACAAUCGACUGGUCAUCUCUGGGAAAGAAGGAGUGCUUGAAAUACGGGGGAGUCCUCUUCGGCAACAAUUGCAAAUACGUUCCCGACAUCACACUCAUGUCCUGCAUGCUCUUCUUGGGCACCUAUACCUGCUCGAUGGCCCUGAAGAAGUUCAAGACCAGCCGCUAUUUCCCAACCACCGCAAGGAAGUUGAUCAGCGACUUCGCCAUCAUCCUUUCCAUCUUCAUUUUCUGUGGAAUUGAUGCUCUGGUAGGUGUGGACACACCGAAACUCCUUGUGCCAAGCGAAUUCAAACCAACAAGCCCCCACAGAGGCUGGAUCGUCCCGCCAUUUGGCGAGAAUCCCUGGUGGGUUUAUCUGGCAGCAGCCAUCCCCGCAUUGCUUGUGACCAUCCUUAUCUUCAUGGACCAGCAGAUCACGGCUGUUAUUGUCAACCGGAAAGAACACAAACUCAAGAAAGGUGCUGGCUACCAUCUGGAUCUGUUCCUGGUCGCUGUGCUGAUGAUUAUAUGUUCCUUCAUGGGCCUUCCCUGGUAUGUUGCUGCUACAGUGAUCUCCAUCGCGCACAUUGACAGCUUGAAGAUGGAGACGGAGACGUCCGCACCCGGGGAGCAACCCAAGUUCCUGGGAGUCAGGGAACAGAGAGUGACUGGAGUGAUUGUGUUCAUUCUGACGGGCAUUUCAGUCUUCAUGGCUCCCAUUCUGAAGUUUAUUCCCAUGCCUGUGCUGUAUGGCGUGUUUCUAUACAUGGGCGUCGCUUCCCUUAAUGGAGUGCAGUUCAUGGACCGCCUGAAGUUGCUCUUGAUGCCUCUGAAGCACCAGCCUGACUUCAUCUACCUGCGCCAUGUCCCCCUUCGCCGGGUCCACCUCUUCACUUUCCUCCAGGUGGUGUGUCUGGCUCUCCUUUGGAUCCUGAAGUCUACAGUGGCUGCUAUCAUAUUCCCAGUCAUGAUCCUGGCGCUCGUGGCAGUCAGAAAAGCGAUGGACUACCUCUUCUCCCAGCACGACCUCAGUUUCCUCGACGACGUCAUUCCAGAAAAGGACAAGAAGAAGAAAGAGGACGAGAAGAAAAAGAAGAAAAAGAAAGGCAGCCUGGACAGUGACAAUGAAGAUUCCGACUGCCCCUACUCAGAAAAAGUCCCAAGUAUUAAAAUUCCAAUGGACAUCAUGGAAAAGGAACCUUUCCUAAGUGAUAGCAAACCUUCCGACAGAGAAAAAUCAUCAACAUUCCUUGAACGCCAUACAUCAUGCUGAUAAAAUUCCUUUCCUGCACUCCCACACAAUGCCAAGCCCUCCACGAACUCCAAUGAAAGUUGUGCCUCAAAUUAGAAUAGAGCUCGAUCCUGAAGACAGUUAUUUCUGGAGGAGCAAGGGAACAGAAACUACGCUGUAAUGUGUUCAUUAAUCUUCAGCUGAAACUGGCUUUUUAUCUUUUCCUUCUCCUCCUCCUCCUUUACUACUAGCCAAAUAUCCAAAAUGCUCUCUGCCUAGGUAGAACCAAGGCAGAUUCUUCUCUCGGAAGCAUUUAGGUUCCCCCCCCCUCCUUUCCUCUGUUUAUUUUCCCCCACUCGCUCCUUUCAUUCUGACCAAGACACUUUUCUUUCUUGGUUUUGCCUUUUCAGUCACACACAAUAUGUCGUACACCCUCGUCUUGAGAUUUUCAGCAGAGGGUGGAAGUAUUAAGGAUAUAUUAUCACAGCUUUGUGAAAUGUCAGCAGAACUGACUGGGUUUUUUUUUUAGUUGUGAAUCAGAUUUUUUUUGUUUUUGUUUGGGUCCCUUCCCCCCCCCCCCAAUGUCUUUUUCCUCUUUAUCAGAACGAAAUUGACCUCCGGUCUAAUUCAGCACCCCUUCUCGUUAGUCCUCAGCUUCGGUAAAAUGCUGCUAACCCUAACAUGUUCUUAACAUCACCUGUGCUUCAGUAGUCUCAAGCAGAGGAAUCAAAAAUGGUACAUCCCUUUCCCCCAUCACUGAUGUGAGUGUGUGGACCCUGCCCUAUGCAACUUCUAUUCUGUCCCAAUUUAAUGGAUUCUUAACCUGUCGGCUGCAUUGGCAAGUGUUAUUUUCUUUUCUUUCUUUCUUUUUCCUUCAUUGUUUUUAUUUUAAAUUAUGGGGGCCUAACCUGCGACUUAUAUUUUUUUUGUCAAUUUUUUAACUGUUUUUUUUAAAAAAAUUACUGUAAAAAAAUGAAUUUUUUUCCUGCAGCAGGAAACAUAAUAGUUUUGAGUAGUUCUACCUCUUAUUUCUAGAUGUCGGACUUUCUCUUUAAAAAAAGGAAAAGAAGAUUAAUAAUAAUAAUAAUAAUAAUUGUAUAGUAUGUUAUAUAAUGUGAUUUUUACAAAAAAGAAGAAAAAGCAAAAAAAAUCAAGCAACACAAAACAAAACCACAAUCUCAAGGGUAUAUGGCAUAGAACUGAAAUCACCUAUAUCAAUACCUUUAUUAGAACCUUCCUUCCUUCCUUCCUUCCUUCCUUCCUUCCUUCCUUCCUUCCUUCCUUAACAACCUGAUCACCCAGCGGUUGAGCUUGGACAUGAAGCUGAGCUAUGGCUAAACAAAUUAGCAAAUUAGUUUGUGCAUGAAGCUCAAACUCAAGCUCUCCUGUUUUCUUCCUCCCUCCCUCUUGCCACAGAAUAGCUGGCUUUGUGUUACGGCCAAAUCAGGACUUGCGGUUUGUUUCCUCUCCAAACCGAACACAAUCUAAAAGCCAAGGCUUGUUGUUGUUGGUUUCCCGGUUUGGGAGGCCCACAAACCACAAGUGCUGAUUUAGAUGAUAAUACCAAGCUAGCUGCUCCAUGUUUUGUUCUCUUGCUGGAUGAAGGGAGAAACCCGUACGCAAGUGGCUAAUUUGCUUAACCAUAGUUAGUAGCUUAGUGUCAACUCCGAGUUGCAGCCAAUGAGGGAAUCAGGGCCCAAGUUUAAACGUCAUGUAAUUUUUUGGUGGUUCUGUUGAAUGCAACCAGCACAAUCGGACCACUCUGCUGCCACACUGGCGCCAUUCAUCUCCUGGAGACCUCUGCGCAAACGCCAUCAGCGUGAACGAGGAGUGCGCAGCAGAAACAAUUUGCAAACUCCCUUCAAACGGGGAAUGAGUAAGGUCAAAUGAGCAGAUGCAGACUAUAGUCAUGUGUUGAGUCCCUGUCCAGAAUUGUUAGUGUCAUUUCAUUUAUACACACUUGUUGGUGUGUGUGUGUGUGUGUGUGUGUGUGUGUGUCCACACAGGCAGUACAUUUUUCUGCCCUCCCAUCAGAUGUCAAAGAGAAAAACAGCUACCAGAUUUUUAAAAGAUAUCUGAAGGCAGCCCUGUUUAGGGAGGCUUUUAAUCUUUAAUCGAUUAUUUUAUUCUUCUGUUGGAAGCCGCCCAGAGUGGCUGGGGAAACCCAGCCAGAUGGGCGGGGUAUAAAUAAUAAAUUAUUAGUAUUAGUAUUAUUAUUUAAAAAAUGUUUAGGGGUACUCUCAUUUUGGCUCAAUAAAAUCACCAUUUUACGGUUCAAAUCGGGAAAAAUAAAUAGAGUAAAUGGACAAAAGUACAAAGAUUCACAAAAUGUUUAAGGGUAUGCGUACCCCUGCGUACCCCCCAGAAAAAAGCACUGCACACAGGUGUACAAAGUGGUGUGGAACUGAUGGGUGGGGAGGCACUUCUAAUGCCUUAAUUACCAGCCUCAUUCCUGCCCACCCAAACCUUAUUUAGAGUGGAUUUAAGUUGCUUUUCACCCUGUGUCAAUCUAUAUAGAGUAAAAUCUUAUUAUGUGUCUCUUUUUGGGGGGGGGGCUGUGCUACUUCAUACUGCAUGUGGCUGGAACCACUUGUUUGUAGUUCCCCUGUAAAAAACAUCACUGCGCAGGAGAGACUUGGGAGAAUGGUUUUAGGCUACCCUUCUCACUGAUGUGCUAGGUUUUUAUUAUUAUUAUUAUAAAAGUGUUCAGAGAAUAUUUCCUUUGGAAAAGGUGCCCCACACGAUUCUGCUGUGCAUAUAGAUUGGCUCCAAAUCCAACUAGGUCCAGGUGUGCAUUGGAUGAGAUGCAGAGGUAUAAAAAUAGGAUGGGCCUUAUAUGCAGUGGCUGUUAAAGCAAUAAUUAGAAACUGGCUGUAGCCACUCCAGUGACUCUCAGAAUGCACUUUAGCCAGGCUACUCUUGCAAGGGAGGACUAAGGACACCGGGCAUGAUCCAGGCCACCCCUGAGCAGCAGCUUGGGUGUGCACCCGGGACAUCUCCCUUUUUUUCUCAAACAGUAGCUCCUUGCGCUGCAUUUGGGUCGAGACUUUAAGGCUCCCUAGAGUUUUGUAGGCAGUUUGGGAGCAUGCAAGAGCUGGCGUCCCCAUCGCACAUAGAUUGCUGACCACACCGCCCUUCUGGGUUAGGACCAGUGCGCUGUGUGUCGGUCUGUAUCUACUCUCAGACAAGAGUAGUUUUCCUCCUGCAGCCAAGUACCUCACUUCUGCGCUUGUCCACACCACCAGUUCUUGGGAGACUCCUGUUGUCACAGGUAUCGAACAGCGCAGGGUGCCUUGGAUUCCCCACUGAGCUGGCGGUGCAGAGAGCGUGGAAGCGAGUUUCUUUUCUGCAGGAGUAAAAUCCUGCUCGCGGGAGCAGGGGCCCAUUCGACCUCCCUGGUUUUAGGUGGGAGUGAUUCUAUAUCACCAAGGUGCAAAGCACAAAAGGAAGCUGAGAAUCUUGAAACCAACAAUGAUGGUUUUGAGAUGCAAUGUCACACACACACACACACAAAUUCCCAUUUUCCUGUCGGUAAGUUCCUAGUGGUCAUUCUCUCCCGACAAGGGUCUUCCACUCCUCAACUUGUACUUGAAUUUACUGUGGUAACUUCUGACUAUAGAAAAUGGCAUUGGAAUUGAUAGGGAGAAAAUUCUGUUUUCAGUUGCUUGUACCACUUAAAUUUGGGGGGUGGAGGAGGAGGAGGAGGAGGAGGAAGGAACAAGGGUUGGAGGUUUUGCAUUUCAUGCACUCCUGGCCUUCAUCGUGCCUGGCUGCACCAUUUAUUUAUUUAUUUUGCCGUUCCCAGCGCUAAGGGUCUAUAUUUACACUACAGCUGUGAAUCGUUCUUUUUGCCAGUCUAACUGGCAUGGCUUCCCUCUGAAAAAGAGCACUGGGAAUUGCUGUUUGGUGAGGGUGCAGAGAGGUCUCCGUUCGGGGUUUCCGUUCCACAUGGCCUCUCACCACAGAAAUCCCCUUAGAUGAAGGAAUGGCUAUAAAACCAGACUGUGGAGUGUAAAGUUACCCUCUAAAUAUUUCAGCUACAGGAAAUGAGCACUUUUUGUGUAGUAUUUGGUUUCUGUGCAGGAGCAUUUUGGUGCCUGCGUCUUGUAAGAGUAAGGCCCAGCUCACACAUAAUACUAAGCCAUGGUUUUGUUAAGCUGCUGUUUGCUUAACCAACCAGGGGUUAACCUCAACUUUCACAGAACAUCAGACAGACCAUGGCUUGUUACUCCAAAGCUACUUUACAGUUGCUCUUGCCUCAUAUCUUUGUUACUUGGUGAGCAUGUGGGUUGGAGCUCCAAAACAAACCAUGGUUCAGGAAAGGUGCUGGCUUCACAUAGAACACCUAGCCAUGCCAGGGUUUAUAAACCAGAAACAAGCCAUGGCUUCAAGGUGUGGUUUUGGGCAGAAAGCUGGUCACAGUGAAGCUGCUGGACAGGGUUCACACAUGACGCUAAACCAUGGUUUGCUAAACCGUGGCUCAUCGUUAUGUGCCAGCCAUAUCCAGUUGUCUCACUGGUUGUCAAAGUCACAGCUCCCUUCUUUUUAAGACCAUGGGAGCUAUUGGGAACCUAGUAGAACAAAGUUUCACAUAUGAAUGGGAUACAGAAGAAUAGAGAGAUGGCUGUAGCAACACAUGCUUGUGUGUGGUGCCAUAGAGCUCCGAAGUUACUGCACCAUAAAUCUCAUCCCAUCACCGGACUGUUGUCAGUUGAGACAAGGAAUAGAGAGUGAGUGAGUGAGUGAAGCAUACUUUCAGGAUGCACAAAACCUUUCUGAUUCUUACCAGAAGUAAACUGCUCUGCAGCUUGGAAUCUUGCUCUUCUCUCCUAUAGUACUGUACACAAUUCGGGCUGCUCUUUUAAGGACACUUCCUAAGGAUUAAGCCCGAAAAACUUAUUACAGGAUUGUGCAGGUGGUCAAGUAAAAGGUAAAUGUUCAGAGUUUGCCUAUGCCUGGUCUUUGUUAUAACGUUGUGGUUACAAACCUUUUAUUUAUCUCCACACUUCAAACUCCACAGAAGGGCUAAUCAUGGAGCCUUUUGGACACUCGUACUAAAUUAAUUAAAUUAAAUUAAAUUAAAUUGUAGAAGGAGCCAGCCCUACUCUUUCUUCAACUGCUGCUCUGGGGGCCCACGCUGCAUCCAGUGGCUGAUAAGUUUCCCAGGCACCGAGUCCAUGCGUGCAUGAAGCAUCUAAGCCAGGCAUAGGCAAACUCGGCCCUCCAGAUGUUUUGGGACUACAACUCCCACCAUCCCUAGCUAACAGGACCCGUGGUCAGGGAUGAUGGGAACUGUAGUCCCAAAACAGCUGGAGGGCCAAGUUUGCCUAUGCCUGGUCUAAGCAAACACAGGAGCCAGGGUGAGGCCCUGUCACCUUCAAAAGAGGGAGUACAUCCUGUCACGGUCCAAAUGGUCACUGCUACUCUGAAACCGAACUUUUUUGAUCGCUCCUUGCUGUUGCGAAAAGGUACGUGGCUUUCACCACAGAGGUAGCGGGGAUUGAGAAGUGCCACUCUUUGCACAUUAAGACUCCUGGCCCAGUGGCAGUGGCUUGUAGUUUAAAACGGGGCGCUCAGGCUAUGAAUGUGUGGUUCUAGUCCUUUUCUAGAUCCUUUAAGAGCCACCAGGAGCAGCAAGAGCCGAGAAGGCAAAAGGGGAGGAGGAAAGGUGGCUUUGAUCGGGCCAGUCAGAGAGGCAUGAUAGGCCUCACUGAGGACUACAGCCUUAGGAAGGCGUGCUGCUUAGACCAACUUCACAGCCAAACUCUGCAAAGAGUUUUUUUUUGUUUUUGCUCAGGGCUAAUGUUGAGUGAAACUUUUAAAGAGCCAGAGAUAACUAUGUCCCAGACCUAGAAUGUGAACGUCCUGACCACUCAUGUCUUUCUGUCUGUCCUUUUCUGACUCAUUUCUGUAGUUCCUUCCUGAUACAAUACAUGCAUUCACAUUAUUUCUCGGAAUCAAGAUGCACUUUCAGAUACUUUUUUGUUUUUAUUGUUGUUAUUUGUUGUUAUUAUUAUUUGUUCGUUGUAAAACUCUUAUUAAAAAGUCUGUACUUGCUUUGGCGGAAUGACUUAUUAAAACGAAAACACAGCCACUUUAUUUUGAAAUGAAGUAGAUCAAUCACAGUGGAACAAACAGGAAUUUUUCAAGAGAGAGAGAAGAAAACAUUUCAAAUUGUUGAAUGAUUCCCCCCUCCCCCCUGGAAUAUGAAAAGUAAAACCAUGAGAUUCCUUAUUAUAAAAUUAUAGGAUUUUACAGUUUUAUGAGGCUUUCUAUUGUGACUUUUAUGGAAUCAAGAAA